AUGCCGCGUGGUCAACGUCUAACGGAUUUUGAAAAGGGACUGAUUACGGCUUACCACGAAGAACAAUGGUCCAAUAGACGUAUUGCCGAAGCUGGACGAAGCCACAAGGUUGUCAAUAGCUAUUUGGCUGAUCCGCAAUCGUAUGGGCAACCUUUUCCAUCUGUACGUCCAUCGGUGGUCACCGCCCGCGAUCGGAGACGUACUCUGCGCGCUGCAUCCAAUUCUACUAUCACCUCAAAGCAGAUCAAAAGCACCUUACAGUUGAAUUAUUCCACUAGAACAGUGCGCAGAGUCUUAGAACAGAGCGAAAGCAUUGUUCGAAUGAAGAUGAGCUUGCAGCCAAGGUUGACAAAGCUUCACAAAGAACAUCGUCGUGAUUUUGUUGAAGAAAAACUCGCGCAACAAGUUAACUGGAGUAGGAUUAUUUGGUCUGAUGAAAAAAAGUUUAACCUCGACGGACCGACGGAUUCGCUUACUACUGGCACGAUCUCCGUAAAGAACCUCGAAUGGCCAGCAUGCUCACCUGAUCUCAACCCUAUUGAAAAUCUCUGGGGCAUCAUUGUGCGUGAUGUAUAUCAUGACUGUAAGCAUUAUAACAACUCACGGGAGCUUAAAAUAGCAAUUUCGUCUGCUUGGUCAAAAAUUCCCACCCAGGCCCUUACUACGUUAGCGAACAGUGUUCCAAAGCGACUCAUUGAAGUUGUCAAGCACCAAAAUAACGCUAUCGACUACUAG